GUGUCAAAAUUUGGAUUCAAUUUGUGAUACUUGUCAAACUGCGGCGCGCUAUCACCGCCCGUUGUCAAAGUCAUUCGUGGACGGCAUGUUGAAAAGUACAUCUUCAUAGGGCUGUGUGGUUUCAUAUCAGGCCGGGGAGGAUAUAGUCGUGUCUUUUAGCUGCUGUGUGAUGUAUGAACGCCGCAAUGAAGGUGAUAUGUGGCAGCUAGCCCGUGCUAGCAUGUAGCUAAUUUGUCGAGCUUUGCUUUCCAAGUAUGAAUUCAGAGUCAGCAGUGACGGUGGCAGGCGGUGAUAGCUGGCAGAUCUAACCCACCCACCCGUCCACCAGCCAACCAGCGAGUCUGGCCUUUGUUUACCUGCCUCUCAGGUAGGGUGUGAGUAGGGGGCAGGGCCACCCACGAGGUAGGAGGGAUGCCUGUGGAGGGCGGAAGCAGCAGCGGUUCUGCUUCGGCUGCUCGUCACCCCAAGCAGAAGCGCAAGGCUCACAGUUUAUCUAUCCGGCGCACCAACAGCACAGAGGAGAGGCAACCGGGCAUCCAAAGAGGAGACAUGCUGGAGGGACAGGACUCCAAGCUGCCCCACGCUUUGCGGAACAAUCUUCUCGACCUGUUCGGCCAGAUCGAACGCGAAUUUGAAAAUCUCUACAUUGAAAACAUUGAACUACGCCGGGAAAUCGACUCCCUGAACGAGCGCCUGACUGGAGAUGGACAGACUGUCGAGGGAGGAGACCCCACCAAGGGAGCCCUGAAAACAAAAGCCAGCCACAGCACCAGUCAGCUGUCACAGAAGCUGAAGACGACCUACAAAGCCUCGACCAGCAAGCGCUUGUACACUUUCCAGAGCAAAAUAGGUGGACCUCGCAACUUCAGUGUGGCCACAUGGGAGUUGUGGGGCGGAGAUUCAUGGAUUGUGUCCAGUUUCAAAGCCACCACAGGCUCCCGGGCUUUGUGCCAGCUGCUCAAGGAGUACAUGGGCCAUCGGGAUGGGAUCUGGGACCUCAGCGUAACCCGAACCCAGCCAGUGGUCCUGGGCACCGCCUCGGCAGACCACUCAGCUCUACUGUGGAGCAUAGAGACUGGGAAAUGUCUGCUGAGGUAUGCCGGCCAUGCAGGAUCAGUCAACUCCAUCAAGUUCCACCCCACAGAGCAGAUGGCCCUCACAGCCUCCGGGGACCAGACAGCUCACAUCUGGCGCUACAUGGUGCAGCUUCCUGCCCCCCAACCACCACCAGAUGUCAGUGCUCCAUGUGAUGAUGACCAGGACUCUUCAGACAGAGAGGAAGGCGAGGUGGACGGCGAAGGCCCAUGCGAGGUCCCCACGGUCCGCGUUGCUACAGCAACCCUGAAGAGCCACCAGGGCGUGGUGAUCGCAGCUGAUUGGCUGGUUGGAGGCCGACAAGUGGUGACAGCUUCCUGGGACCGUGCUGCAAACCUGUAUGAAGUGGAGACGUCUGAACUGGUUCACACGCUCACCGGCCACGACCAGGAGCUGACCCACUGCUGCACCCACCCCACCCAGCGCCUGGUGGUCACCUCAUCCAGAGACACCACCUUCAGACUGUGGGACUUCAGAGACCCGUCCAUCCACUCUGUCAACGUCUUCCAGGGACACACUGACACGGUGACGUCUGCGGUGUUCACGGUGGGCGACAACGUGGUUUCGGGGAGCGACGACCGCACCGUCAAGGUGUGGGAUUUGAAGAACAUGAGGUCGCCGAUAGCAACCAUCCGCACAGACUCGGCCGUGAACAGGUAGCUGACUGGAGGGACUUGGCUGUUACAGAGUUAUAGAGGAUUCUUGUCUGUAGAUAAAUAAGGUCAUUACAGAAUCACUCCAUUGACUGUUCUGCUCGUAUUAGAGACGAGUGGAUCGGUGCUGUCAAUGAAACACUUGAAUAUAAUGCAGCUUGAAUAGCUGCACAUUUGUUGCACCACUUCACCGGUUGUUAAUGGUAUCAAUUAAUCUGAAUAGAUUUUUAAGCGAUACAUUAAUGUGAUUCUACACAUGGAUGAGUAUGUUGAUGUAUUCAUGUUUACUGUGUUUCCUGGCUAAUGAGGCCAUUGGCCGCCGGGUAUGGAAUAUAAAAUGAACAUAAAAAGCC